AUGACAUCCAAUUCGAAUACCUCUCAUACGUAUUUCACCAGUAUACCUUGGACAUCUCGCCUGCUAGCAGCCCCAAACCUCCACAUCAGCCUCCUACCAUCGCGAACCCCAAAAGUCAGCACCGAAGACAGUCUGACCGCAACCACCCUCGCAACACCCAACACAAUCCCCCAUUGCCUGGUUUACUACCCGCUACCACGUACCCCCUCCUCCCUCGAUGCAAUCUCCAUAUUGCUAAAAGUCGAGAACGGAUGUAAUGGCCACCCGCACAUUCUCCACGGAGGCAUAGUAGCAACCCUGCUAGAUGAAAGCAUGGGCAGCCUAUUACAACAGAUUGAAGAAAGAAAACAUGCAGAGAGUGCUGCGGAGGGAUCUGCUGAGUCAAUCGGUUCGUUUACUAAGUAUCUGAAUGUGGAGUUUUUGGCGCCGAUGAAGACGCCGAGUGUGAUAUUGGCAAAGGUUAAGGUGGUGGAGAGGAGGGGGAGGGGCGUCAAGGUUUUGGCGAGCUUGUUUCAGAAGGAUGGAGCGGAGGGGGAGUUGGAUGGGCAGUUGAUCGAGUGUGCGAGGGGUGAGGGUUUGUUUGUUACGCCUAGAGCGAAGCUAUAG